AUGGAAGCGCUGGCGGUACCGUGCAGAUGGGGGGCGCAUCCCUGUGGCAUCCUUCUCGACGACGUCACGGCUUCGGGGAUCGCUCGUCAUCUCAAGGAUCAUCACUACAACGUCGGCGGCUGGCACAACAGAUAUCGCGGGCCUUGCCUUUGGCGGGGUGCCGACGGCGCAUGUUGCAACAGAGACAUGUUUUAUGGAACAUUUGGCAAACACACCGCGACGGUCCAUCUGCAGACAUUGAAGCGGACAUGUCGUCUCUGCCAUGCCACAUUCUCCAGAGUUGACGCUCUUCGACGUCAUGUGGACGCAUAUUGUCCGAAGACCUGA